AUGUCACAUGUGAUCGCAUAUAAACAUACGCAACUGCGCUGUUGGACCAUAAUAACGAGCUGGCAGCCUCGCAUUUUCCGUUACUUCUCCUCGCUGUGUUCAACGCGAGAGAGUACUAGGACUUGCGGGCUAGGACCAUCCUAUGACAUGGAAGACAAAAUCUUCCUCGCACGCCUGUGCAUUGGCGCCGUCCGCUCCCCUGUAUCCGCUGGCUUUGCGCUGGCUACUCUGCCCCCAUCAACAUGGCACAACGAACAUGUCGGUAAGAGGGAAUGCACGGUUGUGGAUACCUUCUGGCAAACGGAGACUGGGUCAAUUGUCGCGACACCGCUUCCUGGUGCUAUCGAGACAAAGCCAGGCUCUGUGACUGUCCCCUCCUUCGGUAUUGAGCCUACCAUUCUUGAUCCCGUUAAGGGCAAGGAAUCAGAAGGUAAUAACAUCGAAGGUGUUCUGGUCCUCAAGACGCCAUGGCCGGCUAUCGCUUGCACCGUCUACAAAGAACGCUACCUCGACAUCAGCCGACAGUGA